UCAUUAGGUCGUAAUAAUGCAUGUGAAAAGACCUCUUUUAUGUUCUUGCGAAAGGAACUACCAGUUCGAUUGGCUAAUACAAUGAGGGAAGUAAACUUGUUGCCUGAUAACCUGCUGAGCAGGCCCUCUGUGCAGCUUGUCCAGACCUGGUACAUGCAAAGUUUUUUAGAACUGCUAGAGUUUCAAAGCAAAGGACCUGAAGAUGCUCAAGUAUUAGAGGAUUUUCUAGAAUCUCUGAUUAAAAUCCGAAAUCGACAUAAUGAUGUUGUACCAACCAUGGCUCAGGGGGUUAUCGAAUAUAAGGAGAAGUUUGGCUUUGACCCAUUUAUAAGUAGUAACGUUCAAUACUUUCUGGACCGUUUCUACACUAACCGUAUCUCAUUUAGAAUGCUUAUCAACCAGCACACUCUCCUUUUUGGAGGUAACACAAAUCCAGCACAUCCUAAGCACAUUGGAAGUAUCGAUCCAAACUGCAAUGUUGUGGAUGUUGUUAAAGAUGCAUAUGAGACUGCAAAGAUGCUUUGUGAACAGUAUUACACGGGGUCCCCAGAUGUGGAGGUUAAUGAAUUUAACGCAAAAACACCUGCAAAGCCUAUCCAAGUGGUGUACGUCCCCUCGCAUCUCUUCCACAUGUUGUUCGAAUUGUUUAAAAAUUCUAUGAGAGCUACCGUUGAACUUCAUGAAGGGAGCAAGGAAGGAUACCCCCCUAUUAAAACUCUGCUUACAUUGGGAAAGGAGGAUUUGUCUAUUAAGAUAUCUGAUAAAGGGGGUGGUGUUCCUCUGCGGAAGAUAGAGCGUCUGUUUAAUUAUAUGUAUUCAACGGCACCCAGUCCCAGCUUGGAGCCAUCACGGGCAGCUCCACUGGCUGGUUUUGGAUAUGGCUUGCCAAUCUCCCGUCUGUACGCUAGGUAUUUUCAAGGGGACCUCAAACUGUAUUCCAUGGAAGGUCUGGGCACAGAUGCAGUCAUCUAUCUAAAGGCUCUGUCAAGUGAAUCUUUUGAACGACUUCCUGUUUUCAACAAAUCAGCCUGGCGACAUUACCAAACCACUCCAGAAGCAGACGAUUGGAGCAAUCCUAGCAGUGAACCUAGAGAUGCUUCUAAGUAUAAGGCCAACCGGUAAUCCUGUUCUACCUGCUGACCAAUAUUCUGAUUUUGGUUCCACCAUAGAAACCCAAGUUUUGCGUGUUUUAUCUUUGCUCCGUCAACAGCAGAUGGCUAGGACGUAGUUCUUCCAGUUACUGCUGAAGUCUCUUUCUGGAGCUCCAACGGGGGCACAGUCAGUAGAAAAGACUAGUAAUUCAAAUGCGGUUUUGCACUUCAGACUGUAUUAGUCUUUUAAAAGAAAUUGUAAUGUGGUUAUUCUUUUUGCCUGUAUCUUUCUAUGGUAAAUGUAUUUUGUAGAGACUCGCUCUGGACAUUGAAAAGGAGCCUCCAAAGCUACAUAAUGGUAUAUGGAGUAAUUCUCAAAAUGAAGCUUUUUAAAAAUGGUAAAUACUGUUUCAGUAAAACAACAAAGACUCAGUUAAAGUAUGUAGGAAAUAUGAUUUGUUAACAGUAGAAAAUGUAACUGAUAUUCACAUCAGCUCUUAAGCUGCUUUAUUUCUUUAUCAAUUAAGAAUUUUGCUUGAUUUUUAACUCUGUCUACUUUUGAGAAAUUGAUGGUUUAUGAACAACAUUUAUGGCUUUUAGUGCCACCUUUCACUAUUAAGAGAUGCAAAAUGUUGAGCACUGUGAGACUGGAUGGAUUUUCUUCAUCUUUCAGCUUUGAGAGCAUUCUGUUCAUCUGGGCUAGACAGUUGUGGCGAAAGUCUUACUGCUGAAAACUUUAUGGAAUUACCUUGGAGAGUUUAAAUUCAGUUUCUAGGAGGUGCAAAUCUACAGUAUUAAAUUGACCAUAAUUUGGUGGUGAUUUGUAGCGUUAGAGAAUCCAAUUAGUCCAAAAUGGCACCUUUUAACUUCCCACACCACCACACCCUCCCGCACCCUUGGUCUCGAACCACGCAGGGGAAGUUGUUUUUGUGAUCUCGGACAUUUGUCAUUGAUUAGGUGUAAACAUUGAAAUUGUAAUAUUUUCUGAUACAGUUUUCCUUAAGUGAAAAACAGUGGAGGUAAACAUUCAGUUUGGGGAUAGAAAAAUGAUGGUAAUUGAUUGGCUGCUUGUUGCUUGUCUCACUUUGUUUCCCUUCUCUUAUGAAAGCAAAAUUCACAUAUAGGCCAUCCCCGGGUUAAAAACACCUGACUUAUGGAGACCUCCAACAUAUGAACAGGCUCCCAUAAUAUUAAAUUCAAAAGUCCAUCAUGUGUACAUGUGUUCCUCCAAAUGGCAGAAUUAGUUUUCACUCUUUUGCUCUCCACUUUCAGUAAUUGUUUCUUCUUAUCAGUCUGGUGUCAUUUUGAUGCCAAUCAUUACAAUACUGCGGAGGUGAGAUUGUCAUAUUGAGUGAAUUUGUUUUUGUGUAUUUUCUGACUUGUGGACAAAUCGGCUAAAGUAAAAAUGGAACCCAGGGAUGGCCUGUCUGUGUACAAGAGUUGGUUAUUUUAAAGCUGCCAGCUUCCAGCUUCUGCCAAAGUUGCAUUUUAACCCUGGAAGGAUUUUCUAAAAGACCAAGACAGUUCUUUUUGAAAAUGAUAGCUUGGUUAAUCUGAAGAAAUGCUAUAUCUUAUCGGCUCAGUAUGGAUUAUAAAAGACUAGACUGUCAACAGUAUGCUCACAAGUGCUUUGCUUUGAUUUGGUUUGUGUGUGUGUGUAUGUAUAUCUUAUUGUAUAUGUCUGUUAUUUACCAGGGAGAAGAACCUAUAUCUACGUAAUUUGUUGUUAUUGGGUCUCUUUUGUAGUUAGUUAAGAUAUUUAUUUUUCACUGUAUUCAAAUCUUAUAUGUUCAAAUACCUUCUGUGGAUUUCAAAAUUUGUCAGAAUAGCCAAACAAAAUUCUAUUUCCAGGUUCCUGUUUUUUUAUAAUCCACAGUGAUUUAUCUUUUGCACUUUUUUAAAAAAAGUAAGUUAUUAAAAAAAAAUGUAUGGAAUAGUUAUAUAGUUGGUCUUUGUGUCAGUAUGUGUUUGUUAAUAGUAGAAGUUUGGUCACCACUGAGCAUUCACCUAAAACAGCUUGGCCAAAAAGUGUUAAGAAAGCAAAAUUGACAGCAAGCCCAAACUUACUUAUUUUGCAAAAGAACUGUCCUAAACCUUCAGAUUUCCAAAGAGAAUGAUAUUUUUUUCUUCCCUUCAUCAUAAAUUUAAGUUACUGGACUAGCAAUCCAGGAGACUGAACUGAUGUUCAGAAGUCUUGAACUGAAAUCACACUGUGGGACCUAGAGAAUUUAAAUUCAAUAGCUAAGUACAAUUGGAAUGGAAAAAAGGGUAGUAUUUAAGAGUAAUAAUUAUGACAUUAUUGGACUAUUGUACAAGCACAUCUGGUUCAGAAAGAGCACAGGAUAUUUGCUUUUAUGGCCCAUGGCAUGGAAUACAAGAACAGGGAAAUAAUGAUGAGGCACAUAGCCCAUACUUAUUUACUCAGCCUAUGUUUAAAUGAUAAAAGAUCCAUGCACAACAAAAUUCUGGGUGGACAGCUGGUAUCCAUUGUAUCACAACUUAGCUGGUCCAUAAAAUCCAGAAAAAAUAUAGUAAAUGAAAACUGACAAAAAAAUAUUGCACUGUUUCUGAAUUUGGUCACCAAGUAAAGUUUGAAGUGGAAUAGUAACAAUACCAUGAAUGCAUGUAAAAAGGUUGUGCGUUUAUCAAGUCAUUGAUUUGGGGUUUCAUAUAAAUAUGAGUGGAAUAACAAAAUAUAAUCCCUAAGCAUUGAUGGUCCUGAUAUCUUAAAAUAAGAACUGAAUUUGAUUUUCCUCAGUUAAGUAGCUUUGAGUAGUUAUUUCACAAUUUAUUGCUUAAAUAUGUUGUUGAACAAUAUAUGACGAGGUGUCCCUUUCCCUGCUUACCCUUUUUCUCUAUCAUGCUGCUCACCUUGAAGCUGUCAUAUGAUUUAAUGGUUUCACAAUAGUAAAUGGAUAUCAGGUGAAAAGGAUAUACUCCAAAGGAUAUACUCUAAAGGACAGCAAGGAUUUUAUGGUUUGUUUAGUGCAAAAUCUCAAACUAUCAAAGUUAUGGGGAUUAGAUGUAUGGAAUUGAAACCAUUUUAUUUCAGUUUCUGCUCCUGAUUGAUGAGUUAUGAUAUAGUAUUGCUGCAAGAUUUAUGAGCUCCAAAAAUUAAGAUUAAUUAAUUGCCACCACUGUUGUUAGAAUUUAUGGUUCCUCAACUAAGAACAAGCUUCCAAUUCAAACAAUGUAACUGAAGAAGGCAAUAGGAACACAGUGAUACUCCUGUCACUUCUUAUAAAUGCUGUUUUCAUACUUGCGAACAGUUUGAGGCUCCACACAGAUGACAUCAAAAUAGUAACCAGGCUGUUAGUUACUUCAUUCACAAUUCACCUGGAGAGAGCUAGGAACUAUUGAACCGAGUGUGGUUAGGCAACUCCUUCAAAAUAGCUUUUAAAAAAACAGUUGUUUCAGAAGACUUAUGUAAUAGAACCAUACAGCACAAAACAGGCCCUUCGGCCCACCAUGUUGCAUAUGCCCAUAUGCAGCUUCCAUUGAAGAUGGGAAUCUUGUGACUUACAAAGUCCUUCCAAUUGAAAAGUACAUGGUUAAUUUUUUGUAGACAUUUCAUUCCAUGAUCGUGCAUGUAUUUUUGAAAGUGAAACAGUCAUAUUUCAAGGCUUUUAGGUGUUUGGUAUUCAGGAGUAAGGAAAUGUAUAUGUUCAGAGCAUUUAUUCCUAUUUAUUUUGUAACUGCUUCUGACCUUGGUGAGAUGGAGAAUGUUGAAAGACUUUUUAAAUUUGUUUCACAACAUAAGAGCUUGUGAAUAUGUCAUCACAAAGCAUUAAAAUUGAUUAAAAUUGCAACUUGAGUACACAGUGUAAGUGGAGCACGUUAAAUUGAAAUGCCAGGUGCUUUCCUUGGUGCAUCUGUAUUUCACCCAACAGUUUUAUGAUCUAAAUUUCAGGAGCGUCUCUUGCUGUUAAAUGGCACUAUAGCUGAACAAAUGUUUUCUAUGCACUUUUAUUUAGUAUAUUUAGAGAAACUGCUUUCUUUGGCUUCCACGAGUCUCUAAUGAUUUGGGACAGAUGUUCAUUGUCUUAUCAACUGAACAGAUUCAGUCUGAUUUGCACAUGCAAAGAGCAGCUUAAUAGAUAUUUUUGUAAAGUUGAGUUGGGAAGCUCAAUUUCACAAUCAACUCCAAGUGUUGUCAUCAAAUCAUUGGUUAAUUUUUUGAAAAUGAAGGAAUUUGGAAAAUUGAUUGAGUUAAUUCUGUUGGGGAAGAUUCCUCCUUGAGAAAAUAUUAAAGUAUUACUCUGGUCUAAUAAUAGAUAGCAAUAACUGAAUUCAGUAUAGCAUUCAGAGUCAAACCAUUCCCAAAUACUGCACCUAAUGAUAAAUGUAAGUUUAUACUUGAAAUUCAGCAGAGAACAUUCAGAACUCAUUAUUCUGGUAAUAGUUUGCCACUGCUUUUGAAAUAUCCUCAGUAUCCCAAUACUAUGUGUUUCCAGUAUAAAUGGACAGUGCCUGACCUCCAGUGAUCCAAUCUGAACCUGAAUGUUUUACUUAUAAACUCCUUGUACACCUGAUCAGUGCAUUAUAUUUUUGAAGACAUUGUCUCUGCUGAUUAAGCAUUAAGAAAUAUGUAGCUAAUAAAAUGCUGCAUGUAAUUUUGUACUACAUUGUUGUGUGAUCCACUAAUAUUUAAAUAGUAAACUGCUGAAUUUAUUAAUGCAAGACUUGUACAUCAAAGUUCCAAAUCUGCUCUAUAAGACACAGAAAUAUGUUUGGGUUUGCUAAAUUAGUUUGUUAGAAUUUGUUAAAGGAAGUGGUAAAGCAAUAAAAAUUGUAUAUUUUGUAGUCUUUGAAUAUCCAAGACAACAAAGCAGUUGUUGCUUUAAAUUUUGGGGCAUCAGGAAUAAAAUUAGUGUUUAUUUUUAUAAUACAAUUCUGCAAUCAUGAUAGUUUUGACAAAGCAUUCUGUGCUUUUGAGGCUGGGUAGAAUGACUAAUUGUACAUGUUUGUGUUUGGGCCUGUGUGUUAUUUUGUAUAUUGAUUGGUGAAGAAGCUAAAGGACUUUUUUUUUAUUGUAAAGGAUUGUUUGAAUUUGAAAAGAAAUGAUGUGGAGUUUUGAUGUGGAACAUUAAAUAAUUGUCUUCCAUAUAUGAUA